CCUCACCCUUCUCCUCACCUUCACCCCUCUCGCUCUCGGUAUCUCUCUCUCUCUCUCUCUCUCUCUCUCUCUGCUAGUGUACUGCAAAAAGCUUCGAAACCCUAGGAAUCUCUCAAAUCUCGAAUCUCAUUCACUCAUAUCUCUACAAGCUCUGCUCUGUGUGUAUUUCUCUCUCGCUGCUCUGUUUCCUCCACCCCUUAUCACUCCUUUCCCCUGCUCUCGAUCUUCUCACCAAACUCCCUGACUCAUCGACAAUCUCAUGGCUGAAGGCAAGCUUGAUCUUCUCUCUUCCAAAUCGUCCGAUCAGUCCUGGACCCCCAAAGGUUCUAGUAGUCAGGUUAUUGCACGCCUCUCUCCAUUCCUCUCUUUUCCUCUCCAUCGUCUUCUUUGUGUAGGUAGGUAGGCCCAUGGAAGAGGAAUACUCAGUUAGCGAUCCUACUCUGCUACUCAUCUCAGCUUCCGAUUUCGCAUUUCAUCCCGGUUUUCAAUCUGACUCUUCUACAAAGGAAUUCCUUGAUCGCUUCCCCCUUCCAGUCAUCAUCAAUGCUUUACAAACGAAAGGGGAUGUGCCUGGUCUUGAGAAUGCUUUGGUUGCUUGUCUGGAGAGGAUAUUUAAGACAAAAUAUGGGGCCUCCCUCAUUCCACAGUACAUGGCUAAAGCAAACCAAACCAAAUCAAGCCUUAAGUCCUAUCAAACGAGGUUGGCUACAUGCAGUGGCGGAGCUACAUGGAGGCCAGGGGGGUCACAUGCCCCUCCCCCUGGUUUUGGAUUUACAAUUUUUUUUAGUUUUUUUCUUAGUAGUAGGAAUCGUCUCAGAUGGCGACGACUCCGAGGAAAAAGCGCAAUUUUGCCCUUCUGAGGAAGGACCGCAUCAGAAUCGCGAAUCUGAGGAAAGGGA